GUACUCAAACAGUUACCGUUACACACGAGAUUGAGUGACGGUGGUGCUGGUUGUGGACUUGAUCAUUGUAGCACUGGGGAUCGCAGUGGUGGUAGCGAACACGGUGACGACGACUGGUACAGCAGCAGCCAAAAUGAUAAGACAAAAGUCCGAAGACUACCAUCUAGACGGGCCCGGACAGGGUGGCAAUGGAGGCAGUGGGCCUGGUGGUGGAGAAGGGCUGACAUCGCCCGGGAUGAAGCGCAAGAACGAGUCCACCUUUCGUCAGUUACAGAACGAUGUGAUGGGUAAGGCUCGCUCGACACUGAGCACUCUCGGCGACGUAUGGAAGACGAGCAAGAGCACACUGUCCGGCAGUGGAGGAACGUCAUCGGGCGGUGGUGGAGGACAGAUGGUGGACCAGUAUCACGAUACUGGCGGUGGAGACGGUGGGUAUGACGGAGGCGGUGGAGAUAUGCAGGGUGGAGUUGAAGCACAGUUCUCCACACCUCCGCGAAGUCCAAAAUCAACAAAAGACAAGAGCUCGCUUGAUUUCUUCCUGUGGCCGAAGGGUAAGAGCAAAGAUGGCUCCUCCAAGAGCAGUCAAAAGAAGGAUAAAGCUUCCAAAGGUCAACCGUCGAGCGGGUACGGUGGGGAGUAUGAAGCGGGCAGUUCGAAAUCUCGUGGAACUAAAGAACCGUCCGGAACGGGCACGAUUCGUAAACCUGGUCCAGGGCCUGGAGGAUCUGGAGGAUCACGUGGAGGUCCGCCGAAUCAUCAUCAGCAGCAAACCGUCACUUCCAACACCCAACAACAUUACCAGCAUUCGUCAAGGGCGAUGAAAUAUCGGUACGAUUAUCCAGACGCCACUGGUCAAGACUUCCGACAACGGUCGCUGGACGAAACGAGUGAGUACAGCAGAUCGAUGGAGGACAACAUGACGUAUGUAGGUCGAGACGACCAGGGCGGUUCUUCCUCCGACCGGUAUGGUGAAUACUAUUCCGAUAGUAAAGGUCGUCCCAAAUCUUACAACGAAAAGUAUUCUUCCCAGUACUACGACUACUCACCAGGAGGAUACGACCAUCAACACCCGUCAUCCUCCCGAUCGCAUCCAAGUUCUCAUCACCGAAAUGCGUACGAAUACGAUGACCAGGAGGACCAAGAUGAUCUCGAUAUGCCGUCCAAUCAGGGACAGGGAGCAGGCAACAGCUCGACAACCGCCAGUCAAUCGAAUUUACGCAAAACCACUGGAUCCGGCGGUACCUCAGGCAACUCCAACACUUCUUCUAACGCGGCCGCCUCCCCACCCGUGCAGAAGCAUAUUCUAUUCAACGAAGAAAACGACAUUCUCUACUUUAAAGAGAACCAACGCCCGUCAAAGACAAAGUCCCUCAACGAACACCAAAGCCGGACGGAUAAGCAACAGCAGCAACAUUCGGGAACUCGAGGACCGGCCAAAUCUGCAUCGUAUCCCAAAGAUGGACACCAUCAUCAUCAUCCUCAUCUCCAACAGCAACUGUCCCCAACGCAACCCCUUCAACAAGCCCCAUCUGCUCUGCGGAAAGUGUCUCGUGACGAACGACAGCAGCAGCAGCAACAACAACAACAGGCACAACCUUCCCAACAACGGUCAGCUCCGACAACUCCCUCCUCCGUAAACGAACCAACGAACAUUAUACGAGCGACGUUAAAGUUGGAAAAGCUUUCCAGUACUGGGGCACCGCUCGGGACCUCUGAGCAGCAACAGCAACAGCAAUCGGAGUCUCCCAAACCGAAGGGCAUUCAGAAGCAGUUUAGCACGAUUGUUAAUCUACCCCGGGGGAUCAGUAGCACCUUGCCACGUGGCGGAGCCAUAGAGUACGGUUCUAAAGCUGAAAGUCGCACCAGCACGAUCCCAGAGGAAUCGACAGUUAGCGGAGAUAGUGAGAAGCGUACAACCGGACGGAAGAUAUGCUUCCAGGAUGAACCGGUGGAUGUGAGCGAACGUAUUAAAUGUCAAACCUUGCCUCGUAGUGCGGGCCGCAGUUCUGUACGGACGUCGACAAUAAAGUCCUCCACGGAGCCAAACAUCGAUCCCAGUGUGAACGAAUACUUGGACACGGACAUGACCCUACCGCGCAGCGGGAGUCUUGAUUCGGACCUAGAGUCACAAGCCAUGCGGAUCGUUCGAACCGUUGGCCAAGCAUUCGAAGUGUGCCACAAGCUAACCAUACAGGACAGCGGAGACAACCUCGGUGACGAUCACUCUGAGCUGUCACCGUGCGAUGUUUCCGAACAGGAUCGGUGCUCUGACCGCAUAAGCGAGGACGACGAAAUUAAAAAAGAUCCGGCGAUAGCGUCACACCACGAUUCGCCCCGUUUGACACGACCGGACCAUUUGGAUCUGGCCCUGUUGGCUCCGGUACCGUCAUCUCCAGCUGCCACCAGCAGCACCAGUCUGCAGCGAUCGUCCACAGCACAGGAAAAGGAACCACCCGAAGCGGUAGGAUCAUCAUCAUUGGCCAAAUCCUCCCCGCUGUCGGCAUCGCGCGAAAUGACGAACCUGCGGGACCAGCUCGAUCAGCAGCAGCAACAAACGCGCCAAGUGCUCGCCCAGUUGAUGCUCGUUCGUGAGCAGCUAAUCUCGGAAACGAACGCCCGCAUGGAAGCACAGGCACGUAUCCAGCAGCUGCUGCAGCAAAAUCGUGAGCUAUUAGAGCACAUUGCAUCCCUCGGUGGCUAUCACGAACCGGACCGACCGGGACUGUCGGCUACCGCCAUCGGUAUCGCACCUCAGUUUUCCUUCCUGCAGCAGCAACAGCAACAACAACAGCAGCAGCAACAGCAACAACAACAGCAGCAGCAACAGCAGCAACAAUUGACUGAACUGUUAAAUCUCGGUGCGGCGGGUUUGAACUUCACGCCUGCCCUCCAGCAACUGCACAAACUGCAAUCAUUGGCGGGUCUGGUAGCUGGGGCAACUCCCAACGCACCCACCAACCCCCUAGCCGCUCAGCAGGAGCUGUACAAGCUGAACCAAACACUACUGACACAGCUUUCGGGCGGUGGUUUUCCCGGCGCUUUCUAUCCCGGUGCCAUUCCGACCAGCAUCGCCACGACCGGUGUCACACCGGGUGGAGUAGCCGCAGCAGCAGCAGCAAACUUUAUGUUCACCAACCCGAAUGCGGCUGGCUACGGCAGCGGAUUAGGUGCCUCCUCCAGCAAAUCACCGUCUGCAGAUAGUUCCAGCAAGAAUUCACCUACGGCAACUUCGUCCGGAUCGGGAAGACUUAUUGGUGGGGGAAGCUUUCUAGUCGACACCGGUCAACAACGCUCAAACCGUCCGUCUUAUGCGUCCUCCACUUCUACCCUGUUUGACGAGCUUCGGUUGGCCCGCAGUCUCGAGAAAGGGAUGGAAUCGCUCCGGAUGGAUGAUGAUGGGUCGAGCCCAUUCAUCAAGCCACUGUCGCAGGUCGGCACACUUACCACAAUCGAUCCGGACGGCAAGGUGAAGGUGGUGGUACCGGUUAAUCCCAACGAACAGAUGGGCUGCACUACUAGUCACUCACAGCAGCAGCAGCAGCAGCAACAGUUAGACAUUCCGGCGGUCGGACCAAGCCGGAAGUCGGCCUCAUUUUCCGAGCUACCAACGGGGACAGGUAGCGGGAGUUCGGGUGGCACUAGCGGCACGGCAAGCCAGGAAGGCAGUACCCGGAACGUUUCGAUACUGAAGGAUACAUCGCGCAACAAGACAUCCAUUCCGAGCCUGGUCACGCUGAAGGUAACGGACGAGAGUGGUACCACCGUCACGAGGAAGCUGCCGGCGACGCCUAGCUUCAUCACACGCAGCACAAGCGAGAAGGUGCCGAACCGCAGCCAGAUCAUGAGCCAGGUCCAGCGCACCCAGUGGGCACGCCACACUACCAAGUGAGGCUGUC